GUCUGCAUAACAGUAUUGAGGCUCCAGAGGAAUCGAGUGGUGCAUCAAGGUAAUCAAGUCACAACCGAAAGCAGUGCUGCUGCUUUUCAAGCAGCCGGACUACGUCAACUCCGCGCGCUAGCGAAACGAGAAUGGCGAAAUCCGCGGGCCAUGGAACAAGGAACGCGUUUAUUGAUCUGCUUAGAUCUUUUCCAGCAGACCCCAAAAGAGGCACCUCUUUAUGAGGCGAGUCACGUACCGGGGCCACCAUCAGCU